AAAGAAAUGGAGAACAGCACAACAGUGGCAGAAUUUAUCCUGAUGGGAGUCUCCGACCUCCCAGCUGUCCGCUUCUCCUUGUUCGCUGCCUUUUUGUUCAUUUAUUUGAUCACCGUCAUGGGAAAUGGUACCAUCCUUCUGGCCGUAGGAGCGGACUCCCAUUUGCACAACCCCAUGUAUUUUUUCCUCACCAACCUCUCCUUGUUGGACAUCUUCUAUCCCACAGCCACGGUGCCUAAGAUGCUGGAGAGCCUCUUGUCGGAGAAUAAUAUAAUUUCCUUUGUUGGCUGCAUUCUGCAGGUCUAUUUCCUAGUAGCCCUGGCGGGGACUGAGGUCUUCCUUCUGGCUGUCAUGGCUUAUGACCGUUACGUGGCUGUAUGUGACCCCUUGCGAUACACAGUCAUCAUGAGCAAGAAGGCCUGUCUUCAGAUGGUUGCUGGCACCUGGAUCACGGGCUUCCUCAACUCUUUGCUCCACACGGUGCUGACCUUCACCCUACCUUAUUGCAAAUCCAAUCGAGUCAAUCAAUAUUAUUGUGACAUUCCACCCAUUCUGGCCCUUUCUUGUGGUUCCACCUACUUGGCGGAGAUGGUUGUUCUGAUUGUUGGGGGCAUUUUUGGCGUGGGGUCUUCCCUGGUCACGUUGGUCUCCUAUGUCUACAUCAUCUCCUCCAUCCUCAGAAUCCGUUCUGCCGAGGGCAAGCGCAAAGCCUUCUCUACCUGUGCCUCUCACCUGAUGGUGGUGUGCCUCUUCUAUGGGACCGGCAUCUUUACUUACAUACGCCCUUCUUCUAGCCACCACCCAGACCAGGAUAGGCUGGUGAGCAUGCUGUAUGGUGUGAUCACCCCUAUGUUGAACCCCUUGAUCUACAGCCUUCGGAACAAAGAAGUGAAAGGGGCGUUAAAGAGGGCGAUUGUGGGAUGGGGCAAGAGAAUACUGAUUCAAGAAAACACAAUAUUCUGCAUUCCUUAG